AUGACAGAAACUGAAGAACAACAGAGAAUCCGUUUUCAAGUUGAAUUAGAAUUUGUUCAGUGUUUGGCCAAUCCUAAUUAUUUAAACUUUUUAGCUCAGAGAGGGUAUUUUAAAGAUCAGUGUUUUAUUAACUAUUUGAAAUAUCUGCUAUAUUGGAAAGAUUCUAAGUAUGCCUGUUUCCUCAAAUAUCCACAGUGCCUCCAUUUUUUAGAAUUAUUACAAUAUGAACAUUUCCGUAAAGAACUAGUGAAUUCCCAGUGUUCUAAGUUUAUAGAUGACCAACAGUUAUUACAUUGGCAACAUUAUAUGAGAAAACGUUUAGACUUAUUACAAGCCCAGGCUGAUAAACAUUCUCAAAGUGUUAAACCAAAUACGUAA